CCUUCUAGGGAAGAUUUCAUAUUCAUAUGAAAAGAAAAAUCUCUACGAAUUUGAAACCUAGUUUGGGAACAUCGGUUAUAAAAAUAUUAUCCAAUUAAGAAAAAUACACAAUGAUAAGAAUUACAUAAAUAAACUUCGUCAAUACGAUUGUGAUAUAAAUGUGUGGAUGUUGAUACGCGUCUUAUCAUGUGUUGCUUAUAAAAACUGCAACGUUUUGCGUCAAUUAUAUAUAGAAAGCCGUGCAGUAAACAUGGCUGAGAAAAUUGCUAUAGUUACUGGCUCUAACAAAGGUAUCGGCUUCGGCAUAGUUAAAGAAUUGUGCAAAAGAGGAGUUGGGAUUGUUUACUUAACAUCAAGAGAUAUGAACCGCGGCAAAGAGGCUGUGAAAGUUUUGGAAAAGGAAAAUCUACAUCCCAAAUUUCAUCAACUUGACGUAAGUAAUGAAGAAAGUGUGAAAGCAUUCGCUGAAUACGUCAAGAAGGAGCAUAAUGGACUAGAUAUUCUAAUUAAUAACGCCGGCCUUCUUGAUCCUGACUAUCUCAGACCAAACUAUGAAGAUGCAAAAAGAGUUAUUGAUACUAAUUAUUACGGAGUUUUGUUAAUGCAAAAGUAUUUCUUUCCAAUUAUGAAUGAAAACGGGCGAGUUAUAAAUGUGUCUAGUGACUGGGGCCAUAUAACGAACAUAAAAAAUUCUUAUUGGAUACAACGCCUUACUAAUGAAAAAAUAAGCCUUGAAGACGUCAAUGCCUUUGUCACAUGGUUCCUGGAUUCCAUCAAGAAUGGAACAGUAAAAGAAGAGGAUUUCGUAUCGUACUCAGUUCUGGCAUACAGAGUGUCUAAGGUAGCGCUAUGUGCUCUAACUCGCGUCCAACAAAAACAAGUAGGGAAAAAUAUAUCAGUCAAUUCCCUUUACCCAGGAUUUGUUCGUACAAACAUGACUAAAGGGGCUGGUGAUAUGACAGUAGAUGAAUCCGGUAUUACUCCCGCAUAUUUAGCUCUAGAUAUUGAUCAGUCAGUAAAAGGCAAGUACUUCUGGUUCGAUAAAACUGAAGUUGACUGGGCAGACACUAGCCUUGACAUACUUGACGCAUUUGAAGACUUCGAAACACGCGUUGAGGAUGCUAUGAAAAGCAGUGUUGAAUAUCAAUAAUGUUGAUUUGAAUUGACAUGACUGUUUGAUACCAAUUUAAGUUAUUUGUUAUUAAAAGCAGAUUACAAUUGGACCUUGACUGGACCUUUUCUCGAAUGAUAAUAAGUAUCAAAAGUGAAUGAUUAUUUAUGUAAAUAAAGGAAUAAAUCUCA